AUGGAUUGGUUUCGGAAUUACGGUGGGGGAGCAGCAAAGGCAGCAGCAGCACCACCACCAUCACUUGGGCAUCACCUCAGCCACGAGAACAAGUCACAGCCUUGUUCUUCACAGGGAAGCGUACGGAUGCAAAUAGUCAUCGACUCUUCACCACAUAAACGCCCAUCUCCAUCAGUAUACGAUGAGGGUGAGGAUGAGCUCAGUAAUGCUGUCACUACGGAUCUCAUGCCACUGGCUUGGAAGCCUGCAAGUGCCAGCGCCAGUAUACCAUGCGGCGCGCUAGCCUCUCCAUCCGCCUCCGCCCUGGCCUCAAAACCAAGCCCAAAAAGGUCAUCAAGACCAGCAUCACCGCCACGGCCAUCUUCCUCUUUUGACCUCCCAAUACAGCAGCCUAAAAAGCGAGGCAGGCCAAAAGGCUGGAAGCCAGGCAUGCCAUAUUCUACCAUGAGCGACCGGCCCGUUUCGGAAGCCGCCAAGCUGGCCCGGGAAAAGCACCUGCGCGAGCAUCCAGAGGCUGCUGCCCCCGCCGCCAGGGGCAGACCACGCACGGCGGCGCCCAAGGGCCCGCCGAAACCGCGCGGCCGUCCGCCCAGGAAGCCGCCGCAGACUCCGCGGCAGGUUCUGGAUGGUCUGGAACGUCACUACGUACCCUUCCUAUGUGAAUGGAAGGGUUGCAAGGCAGAGCUGCAAAAUAUGGACACGCUGCGGCGCCACGUGCAUAAGGUGCACGGCAGGGACGAGGUCUGUCGGUGGUCGACCUGCGUUGGCUCCCAGUCGACCGAGGUCUUUGGCACCAACGAUGAGUUUAUCAACCACGUCGAGCACGCCCACCUAGUGCCAUUCCAAUGGCACAUGGGAUUUGGUUACAGCAACGAGAAACCAGUUCUUCCUAGGAUAAAAGCAGACGAGGACGCGCCCGUGCCUGCCUAUCUGCUGGAUGAAAAUGGGAUGCAGGUAACUCCUUGGAUAAGGGAGAUAGAGGUCGAGGACCAAGUGACACGUCUGGCACGACGAAAAAAGCUGCGUCUUGCGCUCAAAUGGAUGAACGAUGAGGCCCCGUUAGAGGACGGCGACAAUACCGAAGAAGAAGCCUCAAGCUGA